AUGACGAAACUGGAGAGGAUCGGCCGACCUGGCCAUACCUCGAAGCCUUACCAGCCAAAACCCUUUGUCUCAUCAAACACUUAUGAACGGCAAGGCUUCUUCCGGCGGUACAUUGGCCUUUGGUGGGCCCUUCCUGUCGUUCUCGCCGCAAUCAUCUGGUUCUCGCAGAUGGUGUACUUCAUCUCGUACUUUGUCACGCGACCAGCCCAAGCGGAUGGGUCAUGGCCCCGGAUCGGGUACUCAUACGCCCUGUUCCCUUUUAUUUCGAGUAUCGGUGCAGUGCGAGAGCUCUGUUUCGAGACUGUGAGCAUCAUUGUGGCUGUCCUGCUGUGGACGGGGUUUGGGAUCGACUACGUCGUGGGGACAAGAGCACCUGUCGCACUCUGGUGGCGGCGGGGAAAACUGUUUUGUGCCAGCAUCUCGUCGGUCUUUCUGAUUGCGCUGUCGUUUGCCAGAGAUGACACCCACCACAAACUCCAUCUCAUAUUCACCAGUUUCCAGAUCUUCUUCAUGGCGUCGGCCAAGACCUGUGAUUGGAACCUUGUUAGGGAGAUGAGAGAAUGGACGCCGAAGAACAGGUACAUUAAAAGGGUCAGGAUUUGGAAGAGAAUUGCCGUUGUGGUUGCGCUGCCUUCUGGCAUCACGGCUCUCGUUGGCAUCUAUAGCUGCGAUGGGAAGUUGGAAAACGGCAAAGUCAUUUUUACUCCUCGUUGUUGGACGCUGCUCAGCUUUGCAGCCCCAGCGGAAUGGAUCUUGUCAUGUUGCUGGGUCACCUUCCUCGCAACAGUCGCCUACGACAACUGUCACCUCGAAUACACCGUCCGUCUCCUGUUAAACACUCCGCCGCCGAAACGAAAGUCUCACGGCCUCGCAUUCUGGCGAAGAUGGUCCGACUCCGAGAAGGAAUCCUCGCUGUCGGAGGUGGACACGGACGCGUGGAGCGAGAGGCAAGGCUUGACAAAAGCGGUCGGCCCAGCUCUGAACGAGGAGAGUAUUGGCUUGCCGCGGAUCCAGGUCCAACGGUCCAGUGAGGAGGUGGAGGAGCGGCGGCGGCAUCAGUAUCAGUAUCAGCAGCAGGAGCAGCACAGGAGACCAGAGUCUGUGACAGGAAGUUACAGAGAAGAAGAAGUUGACGAGGAGGACAUUUCUGGCUUCUCUAUGGGCGGUAAUGUGACUCCCUGGCUGCCUCCGCCAAGAGUGUUCGCCCACAGAUAUACACACAUAUCACAAGGCCUGCCGACCGAGGAGCACACAAACUGA